AUGGCCACACGUCCUGAUGAAUUUGAUACCGUGCUUGAAUUUUCAUCCCGUAAAUAUCGUGAAGUAGUUAAGUGGGGCCAUACAUAUGAAGAAACAAAAGCAAAGAUUGGAUCACACUUUAAAAUUCCAGUCAAAAGAAUCGCUUACAUACGAGAUAUUAAACCAGGGGAGAAAUUAUCUGAAAUUUUUAAAAAACCUGAAGAUCUUGAUAAUGCA